AUGGUUGGUGAACUGACUUUCUUUCUAGGUCUCCAAGUAAAACAACUUGAUGAUAGGAUUUUCAUAUCUCAAUCAAAGUAUGCAAAGGAGCUAGUUAAGAAGUUUGGUAUGAAAGAUUCAAAGCAUAUUCAAACUCCUAUGAGUACUUCAUCCAAAUUGGAUAGAGACUCUGAUCCUAACAAGGUUGAUCAUUUCUUGCAUAGGAGUAUGAUUGGUAGCUUGUUGUAUUUCGUUGCAACUAGGCCAGAUAUUCAAUUUAGUGUAGGUGUUUGUGCUAGGUAUCAAGCUGAUCCUAGAGAACAACACAUUCUUGCAGUCAAACGCAUUAUUCGUUAUGUCAAUAGUACAUUGAAUUAUGGAUUGCGUUAUUCUUCUGAGUCUAACUCUGGAAACAAGGAUGAUAAAAAGAAUUAUAUGUUUUUGGAACUUGGUGGUGAUUUUACUACAGUUACUAAGUUUGUGGAACUUAAAAGAAUUGAUCUUGGUUAUUUCUGUUGA